AUGGAGGACAAGCUCUCGAACGCCCUGGCGCCCAGCAAGAGUGGGGCUGGAGGCAAGUCGAGGAGCGGUAGCAAGAAGCCUAGGCAGAAGAAGAUUGCCGUGCUCACCAGUGGAGGUGAUUCGGCUGGUAUGAACGCAGCAGUCCGAGCGGUCGUCCGAAUGGGUAUCGCCCGAGGCUGCCAAGCCUACAUCAUCCGAGAAGGUUGGGAAGGUCUCGUCCGAGGGAACAACACCGAAGUCCCAUCCGACGACGUCCCCACUCCCACCGCCUCUCAAACCCCUACCCCCGCCCUCUCCCGAUCCACCUCCCACGUCCACCUGCCCCCUUCUCAACGUAUCGCCAGACACAACAAGGCUACCGAACGUAAUCAAUACUUUAACGAGGCUGGAGAACCUCUCGGACACCUCUCGUACGGGUUCGGAGAGCUGUUGUUGUCCGGAAGCGCCGAGGGGGAGAUCGAAGCCGAUGGGCUAGAAGAACAGAGGAUGGCUGUAGGGUCUGGUGCUACGGGAGGAGUUCCCGAAGCUACGGGGGUGGAUGCGAAGAAGACUUUGAAGGGGACUUAUAUCGUUCGAGUAGGGUGGGACGAUGUGAGGGGGUGGUUGGGAGAGGGAGGUACUUUGAUCGGAUCCUCCCGAUGCCCUUCAUUCCGCACCCGAGAAGGCCGACUCAAAGCCGCUCAAAACCUCAUCGAAUUCGGUAUCGACUGUCUCGCCGUCUGCGGUGGAGACGGUUCAUUGACCGGAGCCGACAUGUUGAGGAAAGAGUGGCCUUCGCUCGUCGGCGAGUUGCUCGAGAACCAGAGGAUCACCAAGGUUCAGGCCGAGACGUUUGCGCAUUUGAACAUUGUCGGGCUCGUUGGAUCUAUCGACAACGACAUGGCCAUGACCGACUUGACCAUCGGUGGAUUGACCGCCCUGCACAGGAUCUGUGAGGCUGUCGAUUCCAUCUCGUCCACUGCCAGUUCGCACUCCCGAGCCUUUGUCGUAGAGGUCAUGGGCAGGCACUGUGGUUGGCUCGCCUUGUUGGCCGGUAUCGCUACCGGUGCCGAUUACAUCUUCAUCCCUGAACAACCUCCCAAGAGCGAUAACUGGGAGGAAGAGAUGUGUUCCGUUCUCAAGGCUCACCGUCAAGUCGGAAAGAGAAAGUCGAUCGUCAUCGUCGCCGAGGGUGCGCUUGACAAGAACCUCAACCCGAUCAAGGGAGACUACAUCAAGGACGUCCUCGUCGACAAGCUUGGAUUGGACACCAGGGUUACCACCCUCGGACACACUCAGCGAGGUGGUGCUCCCUGUGCUUACGACCGUAUUCUCGCCACCUUGCAAGGUGUCGAGGCUGUCGAGGCUUUGCUCUCUGCUACUCCCGACACCCCUUCGUACAUGAUCGGUAUCAGCGAGAACAAGAUCACCAGGAAGCCCCUGCUCGAAGCUGUCGCUCAGACUCAAGCCGUCGCUGUUGCGAUCGAGGAGAAGAAUUUCGACAAGGCCAUGUCGUUCCGUGACCCCGAGUUUGCCGAGUCGUUGCAGGCCUUCAAGGCCAGUUCUACUUUGGAUGACAGCCUCACUCUGCCUGUCGAAAAGCGGCUCCGUAUCGGUAUCAUCCACGUCGGAGCACCCGCCGGUGGAAUGAACGCCGCUACCCGUCAGGCCGUUCGAUACUGUCUCGCUCGUGGACACACCCCUAUCGGUAUCCAGAACGGAUUCAACGGUCUGCUCGACGAUGCCGUUCAGGAGCUCUCCUGGUUGCGAGUCGACAACUGGACCACUCGAGGAGGAUCCGAGCUCGGUACCAACCGUACUUUGCCCGACGUCGAUCUCGGUGGUAUCGCCGCCAGCUUCCAGGCUCACUCGUUUGACGCCCUGUUGAUGGUCGGUGGUUUCGAGGCUCUGCUCGCCUUGGAGAUGCUCGAGGGCGCCAGGAAGCACUACCCAAGCUUCCAGAUCCCCAUGGUCCACUUGCCCGCCACCUUGUCCAACAACGUACCCCUCACCGAGCACUCGCUCGGAAGUGAUACCAGUCUGAACGCCUUGGUCGCUGCGGCCGACGCUAUCAGGCAGAGCGCUUCCGCUAGCAGGAACCGUGUCUUUAUCGUCGAGACCCAGGGAGGCAUGUCUGGUUACAUUGCCACCAUGGGUGCCAUGGCUGUCGGUGCUGUUCUUUGUUACACGCCCGAGAACGGAAUCAACUUGGAUGUCUUGCAAGAAGACGUCGACUUUUUGAAGAAGCGAUACGCACUCGAUGUGCCCGGCAAGAGCGAGGGUCGUUUGGUCAUCAGGCGAGUUCAAAAAUCGUCCAAGAUCUACACCACCGAGGUGAUGACCAAGAUCUUUGCUGAAGAGGGCAAGAACAUUUUCGACUCGCGAUCCGCUUCGCUCGGUCACACCUUGCAAGGAGGCGUGCCUUCGCCUUACGACCGUACCCGAGCCGCUCGAUUGUCGCUCCGAUGCAUGCAGUUCCUCGAGAGCCAGGCUCACAAGGCCCCUGCUUCGGGUAGCGGCAAGCCUUCGGGUCGUCGACAACCUUGCAACACGCGCGAUUCGGCCGCCUCGAUCACCAUCCAGGGCAGUCAGAUUAUCUUUACCCCGAUCGAUGAGAUGCUCGCCGCCGCUGAUAUCAAGAACAGGCGAGGCAAGAGCACGUGGUGGAAGGACAUGAAGGAGCUUGUCGAGCUGAUGGGUGGACGAACUGGGAUCGUCAACGAGAACAAGCGAGACAAGGCUUGA